AUGAGCUAUAGACCCAACUGCGCCACUCCAAACGUUUUGAAUAAUUCAAAUGAAAAUAAUUUAAACAAAAUAGACGACAAUACAAAUGCUCCUUUUGACGAAAACUGGAAGAAGAGAAUUCUGGAACCACUAAAAGACCACCGAUAUAGAACCGAAGAUGUUACUAAAACCAAGGGCAAUGAAUUCGAAGAUUACUUUUUAAAAAGGGAGCUUCUUAUGGGCAUAUUUGAGAAGGGCUAUGAGAAGCCGUCCCCUAUUCAAGAGGAAAGCAUCCCCGUGGCACUUGCCGGCAAGAAUAUUCUGGCGCGGGCCAAAAAUGGCACAGGGAAGACGGCGGCCUUUGCAAUUCCUCUCCUGGAGAAGUGCAACACACAUAAGAAUUUCAUCCAAGGACUCAUCCUGGUGCCGACGCGAGAACUCGCCCUGCAGACCUCAGCCAUGAUCAAGGAGCUAGGGAAGCACAUGAAGAUUCAGUGCAUGGUCACCACAGGAGGAACGUCGCUCCGAGAAGACAUCAUGCGACUGUACAAUGUCGUGCACAUCCUAUGUGGAACUCCAGGUAGAAUACUCGACCUGGCAAACAAAGAUGUAGCGAACCUAUCGGGGUGUCACAUAAUGGUUAUGGAUGAAGCAGAUAAAUUAUUAUCUCCAGAGUUCCAGCCGAUCGUUGAAGAAUUAAUGAAAUUUUUGCCCAAAGAGAAACAAAUAUUAAUGUACUCGGCUACCUUCCCUGUCACGGUAAAGGAGUUUAGACAGAUCUACCUCUCAGAUGCUCACGAAAUAAACCUUAUGGAUGAGCUAACUUUGAAAGGAAUUACCCAGUACUAUGCCUUUGUAAAGGAAAGACAAAAGGUACAUUGUUUGAAUACGCUUUUUGCAAAGCUGCAAAUAAAUCAAGCCAUUAUUUUCUGCAACAGCAUAACUAGAGUAGAGUUACUAGCCAAGAAAAUCACAGAAUUAGGUUACAGCUCUUUCUACAUACAUGCAAGAAUGUCACAAACUCAUCGAAACCGAGUAUUUCAUGACUUUCGCAAUGGAGCUUGUAGGUGCUUAGUUUCUUCCGAUUUAUUUACAAGGGGUAUAGAUAUACAGUCUGUUAAUGUUGUUAUAAAUUUUGAUUUUCCCAAGAAUUCAGAAACGUACCUUCAUAGAAUUGGUCGAUCUGGGAGAUAUGGUCACCUGGGGUUAGCAAUUAACUUGAUUACCUAUGAGGACCGUUUCAAUUUGUACAAAAUUGAGUUGGAGCUCGGUACCGAGAUUCAGCCAAUUCCGAACGAAAUCGACCCCUCCCUCUACACCUAA